CGGCAAUGAAGCCUUCGUUUGCCCGGUACGUCUAUUAUGAUGAAGUCUCAGUUGAUUCGAACGAAAGGAGCCAUUCCAUCUUUGAGCCGUCUGAAGAAGAAGAAGAAGAAGAUUACAUUGAAAAUGAAGACCUUGCCUGGAGAAUAGAAAACCAAGACCCGUUUACUCCUCUUGUUUCGACCCAUACAUCGAGACGUGUCACGGACCUAUCUCAUAUAGAGCGUUUAAGUGACAGCGUAAGACGCUCGGCGAAUUCCCCACGCCCUCUUAGAAUUCCUAUGAAAACACCAUUUACGCCUUUGUGUGUUCGACCACAUGGGUGGCUCAAAGAACACGGAUAUGUGUCAACUGUGCGUGUUUCUAGUAAACAUGAAUUGAAUGACAGUCAUGCAGUCUUUUUAGAAGAUGGAUCUAGUCACCAGGAUUCUACGACUUGGUCCCAAAAUUCGUCAUGUCAUCUAUUAACGGCUUCUAAAUCAAGACACUCGCCUUCAUUUGACAGAAAAAGAUCGCAAUUUUUUGUGUCAGAGAAGUCUAACCGUCCCCUACAGUCGCAUAGACAAGAUGACCGCUCAACCUUUGCAAACCGUCUCUCGUGCUUAGCCGGUCAAACGAACCAUUCUGAAUCGACUCCACUCUAUAGGCCUAGAACCCUCCUUAGAAAAGACGACGACAUCGAUUUGGAUUCUCCAGGCCUUAUAAAUUCGACAAAGCCAGCCGAGUCCUCGCGCAAGUCAGCUCGUUUGAAGUCCUCAAGCUCUGGGGCGAGCUCAAGUCUUCUCCAAGAUACCCGUACAAUUUCUCCAAAGACAGUUGAACCUGGCCGGCUGCCAAUCAGUCUGUCGCGUCCAUCCAAAUGCGCCCCCGAUCAAAUCAAUUCUUCGCAUUCAAUAGAUCAAGUACACUCAUUCUAUAGCAGCGUCGAUUCAAGUUGUCCGAUCUAUCCCGCCAAAACUUCGCUGGGCUGGCUGUCACCGAGCUCGAUUCGGUCUCCCCUGUCUGAAAAAACAAACACCACCUACCAAAUAAAUGACAGCAUCACGUCGAACAGCUUGAAUACGCCGAUCUACAAUGAAUAUUCGCGCUCCAUCGGCACGAAAAGCAUCGCCUCAACCGAUUUUUUGAAAAGCAAGCGAGCAAAUGAAUUCUCUCAAAUUUCGGAAAUGUCUAUUCAAUCCAAUCACCAAUCUAUGUAUAGUGUCGCAUAUAGCAGUUCAUAUAUGGACGAAACCAAUACGAGCAUCCGUACCGUUGAUUUUUCCAGCGUCGGGCGAAGUCCCAGCUUGAACGAAGCAGACCUGAGCGUUCGAACCGUCGGAUCACCCGUUUCUUUGAUAAAUUCUCCUGGUUCCUGCUACAGCUAUCGACUCGGGUCGCGAAGACCGCUCGAUAAUUUCGCCCUUCGAGUCGAAAGAACAAAAAAAAUCAAAAAACUUUCGUAGCCGUGCCACUUCCCCGCGAUGCAUCUCCUGUCAACAAAAAUCACUGCAACACCUAAAAUUUGUGUUUAUUGAGCGCGCACACAAAACUUGCUCCUCAACCGGCGGAGUUCUUAGAAUCUAGCAUUUGAAUGACUUCGUCGGCUAUCUGCUCCAAUUCCUCCAUAGAUUCCGAAUUCAUCAUCUUCAUUCUGUAUUGGCUGCAUUCUUCGAACCCCGUCACAUACGCCUUGUAAUGCUUUUUCAUGUACGCCAUAGAUUUGUGUGUACUCAAAAUUUCUUGGUAUAAUUUUGUAUGUUCUAGAAGCACACUUAUUUUCUGCUGCGGUGUCGCACAAUACUCUUUAAACAGCCACGGGUUCCCGUAUAUAGCUCGGCCAAGCAUGACUCCGUCUAUGCCCCAUCUAUCCACUUUCUCCCUGGCCUCCUGUAUGUCCUUUACGUCUCCAUUUCCGAGUAUGAGGGAUUUGCCUCGGAACUUUCUCUUGACAAUGUCAACCGCCUUGCCAAUCACUUCCUCCGUCCAGUGCGCGGGUACCAGCGACUGCUCCUUCCUUGUCCUCAGGUGAAGCGUCAGGGCAUCUGGCUCCAUUUCUAGCAGAUAAGGCAGCCAACUGUCGAGGCAUUCUUUGUUUCCCCCAAUGCGAGUCUUGAUUGAAACGCCAAACGGCCUGACGGCGGACUUUACACUACCGUCGCUAGGCUCGUCGGCCGCUUUCUUCGCAGCCUUAAUAAUCUGUUGGGCCAACUCGGGCCUGUCUAUUAAUCCUGAACCGCAUCCUUGCUUCACAACUGCUCUGUCCGGACAGCCCAUAUUGAUGUCGACCCCAUCAAAGCCGAGGCCUUUGAUGAUAUGCACGCCUUCGUACAUCUCCUGUGGAUCGGCACCGAAGAGCUGAGCGACAAUGGGCCUCUCACUUUCGUCAUAGAUCAAAUCUAUCAAGAGCCGUUGCCGAGACUCGCUUCUAACCAAACCCGCCGCCGAAACAAACUCUGUGAACAGAACAUCUGGUUUUCCGUACUUGGCUAUUAUUCUCCGAAAAGAAGGAUCUAAUCCGCAUUGCGCGUCGACUUUUUAUUAGCUCGUGAUGCAUCCGUCGAUCUUCAAAAUAUGUGUGCAAACACACACGACACAAAUCUCUUCAGAUGAGAAAGAAGAUGUGUACCUGUUACAUUGGACAGAGGCGCCAUGACGAAUAUGGGUCGCCUCUCUUCCCUGAGCUUUUGCCAUAGGUUUUUUUUUGGCUGCAAAACACGGCCUCGAUCUGGUGAAAACAGAGACUCAACUUGCUCUUUUUUUUUAAAAAAUGGAAAAACACGCCAAAUCUUGUCAAAAUUCAUUGCUUUGUAUUUUGGCGAAUCAGAUUGCCUGGAUCUGUUUUUGCGAAAUCUUCAUUCUGUGC